GUGGCUCUUUCUAGCGUCGGCCAUUUUGCCUCCCCCUGGCUGUGACUGUGUGUGAGAAUUGAAUUGAGUGCGGAAGUAGAAACUUCACUGAGGGUUUAGGGUUCUGCCUCUGGAUGGUCAGACAGCACCUUCAGUUCAACCUAACGUACACACCUUUCACAUCAAAAUAAACACCCUUAAAUCCAACUUACAGGAGCGCAAGAGAUGGCAGGAAUGUUACCGGCUUGUGUGGUAGACUGUGGAACGGGGUAUACAAAACUUGGAUAUGCUGGAAAUACAGAACCACAGUUUAUCGUUCCAUCAUGUAUUGCUAUCAAAGAGUCAGCAAACAUUGGAGAUCAGGCACAGAGGAGGUUGAUGAAAGGAGUGGAUGAUCUGGACUUUUUUAUUGGGGAUGAAGCAAUAGACAAACCAUCAUAUGCAACAAAGUGGCCAAUUCGUCACGGUAUAGUUGAAGACUGGGAUCUGAUGGAAAGAUUCAUGGAACAGGUCAUCUUUAAAUACCUUAGGGCAGAACCAGAAGACCAUUAUUUUCUUUUGACUGAACCUCCAUUAAAUACUCCUGAAAACAGGGAAUACACUGCAGAAAUCAUGUUUGAGUCCUUCAAUGUCCCAGGCCUUUAUAUUGCUGUCCAGGCCGUCCUUGCCUUGGCUGCUUCUUGGACAUCAAGACAAGUAGGAGAGAGAACGCUAACGGGAACAGUAAUAGACAGUGGAGAUGGGGUCACUCAUGUCAUCCCAGUAGCUGAAGGCUACGUGAUUGGCAGCUGCAUAAAACACAUUCCGAUUGCUGGGCGUGACAUCACAUAUUUUACCCAGCAGCUUCUAAGAGAAAGAGAGGUGGGAAUCCCUCCUGAGCAGUCCCUAGAAACUGCUAAAGCAGUUAAGGAGCGUUUCAGCUAUGUUUGCCCUGAUUUAGUAAAAGAGUUCAGCAAGUAUGACACAGAUGGUUCAAAAUGGAUCAAGCAGUACACUGGUAUAAAUUCUAUUAGCAAGAAAGAGUUCACCAUUGAUGUAGGCUAUGAGAGGUUCCUGGGGCCAGAGAUCUUCUUCCAUCCUGAGUUUGCCAACCCUGAUUUCACACAGCCCAUCUCUGAGGUAGUAGAUGAAGUUAUUCAGAACUGCCCCAUUGAUGUAAGGCGUCCUCUUUAUAAGAACAUUGUUCUUUCUGGAGGAUCAACCAUGUUCAGGGACUUUGGGCGCCGUAUGCAGAGAGACUUGAAGAGGACAGUAGAUGCCAGGCUGAAACUCAGUGAAGAGCUAAGUGGUGGAAAACUAAAGCCAAAACCCAUCGACGUGCAGGUUAUAACUCAUCAUAUGCAGAGAUAUGCUGUCUGGUUUGGAGGCUCCAUGUUAGCUUCAACUCCUGAGUUUUACCAAGUAUGCCACACCAAAAAAGAUUACGAGGAGAUUGGGCCCAGCAUCUGUCGUCACAACCCUGUGUUUGGAGUCAUGUCUUAAAGCUGACCUCAGUUAUUUCAGGACUGACUGGGGGUGUGCUCUGAUUACCUGCUCUGUCUGGAUGGCUGCAAUUGUUGAAAAAUUAAAGAAAGAUUAUAGAUUACAAGACCAAACACCAAUCAGACCGGAAAUUGUAGUAAACAUGUUGAUUAAAAAAAUAUAAAUAAAUAAAGAGGGAAAUAGUACUAAGCCAAAAUAAUUUGAGUUUAAUUUUCCUAUCUGCUGAGCAUUGUGAACAGUUUUGUUAUAAAACUCUGUAAUGGUUUUAGACGUUAUUGUGCCCUGAUUUUUUUUUUUUUUUUUUUUUUUUGUAUGUUAAGAUAUCCAGAUAUCGACAGGAUUUGAAUAGGUUUAGACAUCAGCUCUGUUAUACUUGAAUUGUACUCUUAUGUGUACAAGGUAAGAGCUUGUUUAUAUUUCAUACAAAGUUUUUAUACAUAAAGUUGGGAAAGUAAAAAAAAUAACUAUAAUAAUAUGAGUAAAAAAAGUAAAAACUCAGCGACAAACUAACUAGUAGUUUCCCAAAGGAAACUGUGCAUAUCACAGAAUCGUCUCUUGUCUGAUCGUGUUAGUCCAGUCUAUUCCACAGUGACCAAUUUUAUCGGUUCCUGAUUUUAUACACGGUCACUCUGCAAACCGCUUUGGUAAUGGACCUCUUAUCAAAAUAACUGAUGCCUGCUAGUGCUUUCUGAUUACUUAAUGCAUUCUCUUCUAUUUCCUGCUGCAGAAAAAUAAAUUAAUAAAAAAAAAAAUUGACUGUCAGACCAGUAUUGUAGGCUUUUUUUGAUUUAAAUACCAAAUAAUUCCAGCGAUCAAAUUGGUGUAUUUAAUGCCUAGCAACAUUCCAAUAAAGGCAUACAUUUCUUUCUAUGUUUUUGUAUCAGCAUUUAUUGUCUGAGCAUAAAGGCAACAAAAUAUAUAAUUUUGUCAAACGGUUACAAUUCCACUGUAAUUCAGCCUAUGUGCAAUGGAACAUUUUGGUUGUAUAUGUGUAAUUUUAAAGUUGCUGAUGCUUACAGAUUGAUGGUCAUUGAGAGUGUUGACGUACUUGGCUGUAUCCUGUUUUUACAUUUUAAGUAAUUUAGAAAAAAAUAAAUUGCUUAAAUUUCCCCA